ACAAGAAACGAGAUGGCCAUGUGUAGGAUAGUAAAUACUAAUUUGAAAUUAUUGUCCUCAUGUAUAAAAAAGUUUUACUUUCAACCAGUAAGAAAUUUCCGUAACUGGGAAAUAGCUAAAAUGAUGAUAAUGAAAAAGAGAAGGAAAAUAGCGGGUCCUCCUCCAGUAGUACCUCGUUCAAUGUGGCCAACUUGGAAUAGAACUUCAGAAAUAUUUGCUUUUGGAAAAAGAUUAAAUGAGGAAUUUAAAGAAGAAACAUUAGAAACAGUCUUUACACAUCAAUCAUAUAUAACUAAAGAAGAAAAGAAAAGAGAAAAUUUAGAAGUAUCAAUGCAAGAUUUAGCUUUGAAAUUGGUUGAUAAUUCUGUACUUAUUUCAGAAGGUACAGCUAUCAUGACUAGAUAUAUCAUGGCUUAUUUAAGACAUGUAUUUCCAUUUUUACCUGAAGAAGGAAUAUGUGCCAUUCAUGAUUAUCUGAUGUCUGACGAUAUUCUUUCUCAUGUAUCUUUUAAUAUUGGAACUGAAGAAUUAAUAUUAUGUGAAGAAGAACCACCUAGCAAGUCUACUCUAGCAAACACAUUAAAAGCAAUUAUAGGAGCAAUACAAAGGGAUCAGAUUCAUCUUACACAUUUAAAGGUGUAUGAUAAAUCUGUAAUCAUAACAAUAAGGCCAUUAUUGUGGAAAGCCGGAACCAACACAAUAUUUGCAGUCUAUCAUGUAGGAAUUUAUUGUGAUAAAGUACUUUUAGGGAAAGGUCCUGGAGAAACCAUUAAAGAAGCUGUGGAUGUAGCAGCAAGAGAUGCUUUAAAUAAGAUUUUUCACAUAACACCAGGAUCAUUUUCCCUUCCAUUUGGAGAUAAAGGACAUAAACUAGAGCUAGAUAAAGAAAAAAUAAAUGUGCCCUUAUUGGAAUGGACAUCAACUUCUGUUAAAGAUAAUACAAAAAUUUCCUAUUCAUAAAAAUGUAAUGUAAAUAAAAUCUUUGUAUAUUUA